AGUGAUACAGAGAGAGCGCGAGAGGGAAAGGGAGAGGGCAGUAGUAGUAUUGGAGCAGGGAUCGGUGAGUGGAUCGGUGGUGCGAUUGCGACUACUCGUGGAAUAUAGCAGUUUCGACCGGAGGUGAUCACUUGUGUAUGCGCUGCAGGAAGCACAACGACGGUAGGGUUGCCAGAACUGUAGGGAGGGUCUCAAGCAGGUGAAAACUGGUGCAUCAAUCCUCCAGGAAUCUAGUGGAACUCUCGGCGUUUCUGGUUUAGCGUUCAUCAAGUGCCGGAGCGGUUGAACCUUCACUCUUGGAUUAAGUGUAGGUUAACUUGGAAUCCCAACUUGGAAUCCCACCUCGGACGAAAGCUCCUCCGGCUUGGUUGUGCAAUUGAGCAGAAAUUUGAUUCCGCGUGGUUCUAAGCACUCCCCCGAGCUUUGGGUCUAAAGAAGAUAUGGCGGCAGUCGCUCAACCUGCUGAUCAAGUGAGCGAUAUGCUGCAAAGUCUCAAAGUGGAUACUGCCAACAAGCCUGGAGAGACGAAUUCCGAGGCCCCUCCCAGCCAGGAUGGCAAUUCAUCUGAUGGUAGUGCUGAUGCAUCAGCGUCAGGUGGCACUGGUGAUGCAGCAAGCAACAAUGGCGCGCACGAAGGAGUCAUCGAACCUGGGGUGUACUACGCAGCCAAUGGCUACGCCCCACACGGCUACGUUUAUGAGUAUCCCCACGGAGUCGCUGGUUUUGAGGGACCUGUAACAGGGGAGUGGGACGAGUAUGCACGAUUCGUUGGUGUCGAUGGAGUGGAGAUUCCAGCUCAGGGUGUGUAUGGUGAGAAUGGGUCAGUUCUGUAUCAUCACCCAGGUUACGGAUUUGCAUCACAGCCUGCAUACGGUCCUUACAAUCCAGGGGCACCCAUUCCUACCAUGGGAGCAGAUGGGCAGCUUUAUGGACCUCAAGCAUUUCAGUACCCAGGUCACAUGUAUCAACAGCCAGUCUCUCCUGGUGGCCAGUACAUGUCAACUCCAACGUCGAUGGCGGGAGAUGCUCCCACAUCUGGACCAGGCGAGCCCGGUCCUCCUGGAGUCGAAGGCGGGAAUGGUACCAUGGCAAAUGGGAGUAACGUCUCCAUGGGUCCAAGGCCUGGCUAUCCGGUGACCUUGAUUCCUUCACAUGGUCCAUACGCGAGGGGUGUUCUACCGCUUGCUAUCCAUAAUCCUCAAGAUAUUAGGAAUUACGAGGGCUUAAGGGCAGGUGCUCCAUCAUGGGCGGAUGUAACUAAAAUUACAGAAGGUCAGCAGAGACCAGGAGUGCCUGCCAUGCAUGUUGUUUCUCAACCCCUGUCUGCUCCUGGGAUUCCUUCGCAGUCAAUGCGACCGAUAACUCCAAUGCAGCUACACAUAUCGGGGGCGCCACAACAGAGAUCACAUUCAAUUGCCUCUCCAACUCUAGGUCCAGGGGCGUUAGCUAGAGGGUAUCCACCCCUUGGAAGGGUGAUGCAAAGUCCGAAUGGAUCUGGGAGAGGCGGCCGGGGAAUGCCAGGCUCCGGAAUGGACUCGCGAUCCAACGGAGGUCGUGGUUGGAUUGGUGUGGACAAGGGAAAGCCGAGGGGUGGUAGGGGAGCUGGACCAUUAGGGAAUGGUAGUGGAAACCUAGACAUAUUGAAUGAACAGAACAGAGGACCCCGCACUACAAGAAUAAGGAGUCAACGCACCACUCCAGGGGUACUUCGGCAUACUAGGGGACAAGGUGCAGGAGCUAAUGGAAGUAACGAGGCGUUGAGUGCAGUUGCUAACAGAGAGUUAUACAACCGCCCUGACUUUCAAACCAAAUAUGAUCAAGCGAAGUUUUUUGUCAUCAAGUCGUAUAGUGAGGACGACGUGCACAAAAGUAUCAAGUACAACGUGUGGGCGAGUACUCCCAAUGGCAAUAAAAGACUGGAGGGAGCUUAUCAAGACGCACAGACAAGACAAGGGCCAUGUCCUGUCUUCUUCUUUUUCUCAGUCAAUGCUAGUGGACAGUUCUGUGGUGUGGCCGAAAUGACGGGCCCUGUUGAUUUCAAUAAAAGUGUGGACUAUUGGCAGCAAGAUAAGUGGAAUGGUCGUUUUCCUGUGAAGUGGCAUAUUAUCAAAGACAUUCCAAACUGCCAAUUCCGUCAUAUCAUUCUUGAAAACAAUGAUAACAAGCCUGUGACCAACAGCCGAGACACUCAAGAGGUGAAAUUCGAGCAAGGUGUGGAGAUGCUGAAUAUUUUUAAGAGUUACGCUUCGAAAACUUCAAUCCUGGAUGACUUUCAGUUCUACGAAAGCCGUCAGAGAGCAAUGCAGGAGAAGCGAGCAAGGCAGCAGGCACAACAGCUUCGUGAAUUGCAACGGCAACAGGGAGGUGGGCGAGCUGGGAAUGAACCCGAACAAACACGAUCAGAGCAGGGUCGACCUCAACUUUUACAACCAACACCGGCUGAAUCUAUGCAGCUGCAGCAACCUAAGGCACCCAAGUUGGAAAAACCUGCCGAAACUGUUGUGGAAGACAAUUCUCAUGGCAAGGGGGGUGGAUCAGCUGAGGCAGUCGUGAGCUCCUGCUCCCCCGCAGUCGAGGGAGCGUCAACGGCAAGCUUACAGAAAAAAUCAUCUUCUAAAUCUUCUUCUUCAGAAACCAAGGAAGAGACUGUAGCUGCUUCUGAUAACAAAAGUGGAGAUCUUCAAACGCCGGAAGAAUCUAAAGAUAUUGUCGUAGCAAAUGAAACGAUAGUUGACGAUAAAUUAGUGAAGGAACAGAAACCAUCCACCUUGGAGUGAUUACUCUAGCGUUGGGUCCCAUUUAAAAGUUGGCUUAGAAUUGCAGAAAAGGUAAAGAUUGUGGCAAGCAAUGGCCGUUUUUCAGCAGUACAUUAGCUGCUGAGUUUAGGAUGGCUCGAGAUACACAGAAGAGGGAGUCGUGCAGGGAAGUUGUCAAAGAAUGAAUCCCUUUGAGUCAGCUGAGUGUACAGCAUUUCGUCCACGGUAGGGUGCAGGUACAGGCUGAGAGGAUGAUUCGGAAGGAAAGGUAUUUCUUAUUUCAGUUUUGAAGAAUGAAUAAGCAUGGGGACAAGGAGACUGAGCUGUGUUGGAUGUGCUUGAAAUCCCUGAAUGGAUCCUGCAGAUCCUCUUUCUCAAGUCUGGUCGAGAGAUGUACUUACUAGUUUUUUUUUUCUAAAUCGACAUCUCUGCCAAGGAAUACUGUGUACUGGAGCUGAAGUAGUGUAAGAAGAGAGCAGUGGGACUCUAUCAACAGUUCGUUGUAAAUUUAAAAUAUACCUAAGUUGGGGGUUGUAAUUUUCAAGGGUUUUUUCACAAGAGGAGGUUGCCCUUCAAGCACAAGCAGUUCAGAUAAGGGUUCUCCUUUCCAUCGCCAGGAAGUUUUGUAAGAGUUCUCAGCCACGAAAGGCCUGGAUGUAAUAAAGCCUUUCCAUUCAUUUC